GGUGCUCUUGUUGCAGGCCGCGAUCCCAGCAGACGGGUAUCCCCCGUGGAGGAUCCUGGAGAGGCGUCCGUCGACGAUAGCCCCGCGCUGGACGAGCUUAAACAAGAGGACGGGCUGUUGGGGCUGGUGGUGACAGCGUGCUUCUCGCUGCAGGACGAGCAGUGCCCCGCGGAGGCGGCGGCGAGGGGCGGCUCUGGGGUGGGCAAAGUACAGCCCGGGGAAGGUCCUUGGGAAAGCAAGGUGCAGCCCAAGGACAUCUCUGGAGACGGCGAGGUGCAGCCCGAGCAGCGCGACGAAGAAGUGGCGCCUCCUCCCGGCGACGCUAUCAGUGAGGGUGGCUCUACCGUCCGGUAUGGAACCCGUGACGCUCAGUCGGUGCAGAACGAACGGCAAAGGGACGAGAAGGCCUCGCCGGUGCUGCGGAAGAAGCAGCUCGGCCGGAAGUACACCGGCAGCGGGAGCGGAGGUAAAAGCAAUACCAGUGGCGCUUUGCAGGCGAACUCGCGCGGAUGCACCGGAAGGGCCUUCAAAUGUGAAGUGUGCAGGAAGAGUUUUGGACGAGCAAGUCAUCUAAAAACGCACAAUAUGUACCACAAUGGUGAAAAACCAUUUAGCUGUGACCUCUGUCCAAUGCGUUUUACUCAGAAAUGCACCCUUGGCGCUCACAUGAGGACACACACUGGUGAAAAGCCCUUCAAGUGUGACGUAUGUAAUAUGAGUUUUACUGAGAAAGGCAAUCUCGUCAGGCACUUGAGGACACACACUGGUGAAAAGCCAUACAAGUGUGACAAGUGUAAAAUGCGUUUUACUCAGAAUAAUCAUCUUGUGACGCACAUGAGAACACAUACUGGGGAAAAGCCUUAUCAAUGUGGUGGGUGUAAUAAACAAUUUAGUGAUAAAUCCAACCUCAAUGCUCAUAAAAGAACUUGUAAGCAUAGAUCUUAACUUACGGUAUACAAACUGCUCGCGGUUUCUUUUUAAUCUGUACUUUGUGUAAUAAAUAAAAUAUUCUUGAACCUCCCGA